UGGGAGUGUUUCCCAUUUAAACACACACAGUAAUGCCGAAGAUGGCGGAGAGUUUGUAGAGGUGUAAAAGAAACUGAUGUAGUCAAUGAAAGCAGCAAAGCCGAAGCUGUGAAGACACUGAAGAGACGAGCCCUGAAUGGAGCUUCACUGGGGCUUGUACUGGCUAAGGUGCUGAAAUGCGCUGAAGAUGAGCGGCAUAGGAGACAACUCGUUAGAGCCGCUGCGCUCUGACCGCAAACGGAAACUGUCCACCUGUGACACACCAGGAUUAGGCAGGUGUGACAAGCGUCUGAGGGAACAGGAGAGCAAGUACAUCGAGGAGCUGGCUGAGCUCAUCUCUGCUAACCUCUCCAACAUUGACAGCUUUAACGUCAAACCUGAUAAAUGUGCCAUCCUCAAGGAGACCGUCAGGCAGAUCAGACAAAUCAAAGAGCAAGGACCAAGCUCUUGCAGUGAUGACGAUGUGCAGAAGGCGGAUGUGUCUUCCACCGGUCAAGGGGUCAUUGACAAAGACCACCUGGGGCCUCUCCUCCUGCAGGCAUUAGAUGGCUUUUUGUUUGUGGUUAACCGAGAGGGGAGCAUCGUCUUUGUGUCAGACAAUGUGACUCAGUACCUGCAGUACAAGCAGGAGGAGCUGAUAAACACCAGUGUUUACAACAUCAUCCAUGAUGACAACAGAGAGGAGUUUCACAAGAACCUCCCCAAACCUAAUGGACCCAAUGGGCAAUGGGGUGGGGAGGCACCCCGACAGAAAAGCCACACAUUCAACUGUCGCAUGCUGGUCAACCUCGCUCAUGGUGCCAGUCAUGGGCUGUCAGAAGACAGACCGGGUGGCCAACGUUAUGAGACCAUGCAGUGUUUUGCCCUGACUCAGCCCCGCGCCAUGAUGGAGGAAGGAGACGAUUUACAGUCGUGUAUGAUCUGUGUGGCCCGGAGAAUCACUGCCGUAGAGAGGACAGAGAGGUUUACCACCCGACACGAGUUGUCUGGCAAACUGAUUGAAAUUGAACAGCAGAGCUCUCUUCACAAUACCAUGCGUCCCGGGUGGGAGGACCUAGUCAGACGCUGCAUGCAGAUGUUCCUCAAUAGAAGUGAUGGUCAACCAUGGUCCUACAAGCGCCAUUAUCAGGAUGCUUUCCACACUGGCCGUGCUGAGACGCCACUCUAUCGCUUCUCACUCUCUGACGGCACACUGGUCACAGCUCAGACGAGGACUGACCUCUGCAGGAAUCCCAGCACCAAUGAGCCGCACUCAUUCCUGUCUACACACUUCCUGCAAAGGGAACACAAUAGUUAUCGAGGUAACCCGAGUGGCGCCAUGAGACCCCAGAACAUGGGUGUGAACCACCCCAACCAGCAGAUGAGCAUGGGCCAAGGAGGAAGCAUGAGCAUGAACAGAGGCUACGGCAUACCUGACCAGGGCAACAUGCCGCAAAGAGGAAUGGCUUCAUACUCUGGCGGCGGUCGCAUGAACCAGAUGAAUCACAUGAAUCCCAUGCAUCAGAUGAACAACAUGGGUCAGAUGAAUCCAAUGCACCCAAUGAACCACAUGGGCUCCAUGAACCAGAUGGGCCACCAUGGCAUGCACCAGCAGCACACACACACGCAGAUGGGUCAGAUGCAUGGAGGACCUGGGGGUGGGGGUUUUGGGAUGGGCAUGACCAGCCCUCCUCAGUCAAGUCCUGGGAUCAACGGCCCCCCACACAAUGUUUUGGGUUCGCCUAGGGUCAGAGGAAGCCCUAAGACUGGAGCCAGCCCGUUCUCACCUGGAGGCAUGCACUCUCCUAUGAGCUCCACUCAUACUGGUGGCUCUGGAGGCGGAGGUGGCACCACCUUUUCCAGCAGCUCGCUCAAUGCCCUGCAAGCCAUCAGUGAGGGACUGGGCAACCCAAUGCCCUCCCCCCUCACAUCCCCUCUUUCUCACAAGCCAGACAGCUCUCCAAGUAUCAAUUCUACCAAUCAGGAAACAGGAGGCAAAUCAGCCCUUCCGCCAUACUCUGAGUCCAAGAGCCCCGGCAGCUCCCUCAGGGCUGGCGGGGAGCAGCAGUCGCAGCAGCAUCCACAGACCCCCACCAGCGAAGGACCUCCCGACAAGCCGGACAGCCAGGCUGGCCUCGGUGGGGGCGAAGCCAACAGACGGGUCCCAGACAAGUGCAACAAGAAGCUUCUACAGCUUCUUACAUCCCCCACAGAUGAUCUGGUGCCAUCGAAUCACCCACAGAGCUCUGGAUCCAGCUCCAUACCCGACUCAAAGGACGGAAUGGCUGGGGUCACCAGUCCCUCCUCCUCUACAGGAGUAUCCUCUUCUACAAGUGGGGGCCAUGGUGCCGUCUCUUCCUCAGGAAGUUCUGGACAUUUUCCGAGCCAGUCCUUGCAAGAGAAGCACAAGAUCCUGCACAAGCUCCUAAAGGAUGGGAACACUCCGGAUGAAGUGGCUCAAAUCACGUUGUUGGCCACUGGCAAGAGCUCUUUGGACUCAGCAGCACCAGAAGCGGGCCUUUCUUCUACCGGAGGGGAAAAGGGGUCUGAGACGAAGAAGGAGCAGCACAGUCCUAAGAAAGAGAAAUCCCACGCUCUUCUUCACUAUCUGCUCAAUAAAGACGACUCUAAGGAAGGAGGCGAUAUGAAGCCAAAGCUGGAGGAUUUGGAUGGGCGAGGAGCUCCAGGAGCAGGAGUCACCAGCUCUGACCCCCAUGGUAUGGAUGGGAAGGUGAAGCUGGAGCCAUCUGAUGAGGCUGAGACUUUGGAGACUAUUUUAGGAGUCCGGCAAAACAAUUCCAGCUUCUACCCUGAACUGGACUCCAGAGCUACCAAGGAGGUAGCAAACAAACAAGGGGCUGUUUCUGAGAGUCUACAUGGGAGGGAGAGAGGCCCUAUGCUUCCAGCUCAGCGUGCAGCCUAUCAGAGAGCCUUGUCUGUGGAUUCCAAGCCCAUGGGGGGGGACAUGCCAGUCGGAGGAGGGUUGGCGAGCAGACGAAAUGUACCCUGCCCCACGCUGGUCAAACAAGAGAGCAUGGAAGCUCCAGUCCGACCUGGAACCAUGCCUAAUGGCUUUCCAGGAGGCAUGGGUGUUUGUCCACCAAGGGGGAAUCCAACAAGAGGUAUUGGUAGAGGCAUGGGCGCUCAUCAGCGCCCUCCCAUGGCAGGUCCAGGGGAAUGGGGGAUGCCGAGGUCUGGUGGGAGUGCGGCGGCCGGUCCAGGACAUCCGGUUAUGGGUCGCCCUGGCCAAAUGGGAGGACCCAUGAUCAGCCGCUCCAUCAGCGCACCUGAAAACAUGAGGUCCAUGCUGCAGCAGCAGCUCAUGGAUAUGGGUGCCAAUGAAUCUAAUGUAAGCAUGAGCCCCUUUGGCGGUCAGAGGCCCCCACCUCAGUCACCAUCUUGGCCAGAUUCUGCCAUGGGAAUGGACCGACCACAGACGAGCACAAACAGAGAACAGUUUCCACACCCACUCGAGGAGCUUCUCGGACCCCUGCCCAGCAGUGAGGGUCCGGGUGACGACCGGGCUCUCCUAGACCAACUGGACUCCCUGCUCAACAAUGCUGAUGUGAUUACUCUGCACGAAAUCGACAAAGCUCUGGGAAUCCCUGAAAUAGUUGGCCAGGCUCAUGGACCUGAAGGUCACCAGCUGGGCCAGGAUCACGCUCAAGGCCACUGCCCUCCAUCAGAGGCCUUCUCCGCCAUGGACUCUUCUGCAGGGAUGGAUCAGAAAGCCAUGUACAGCCAGGGUUACCCAGGACCUCCUACCAUGGGAAUGCAGUCCGCUUAUGCUGGCAACACGGGGCCCCCUCCUGGAGGCUUCAACCCUAUGAUGAACCAGAUGGGCCCAACUGGGGCUUUUCCUGGCAUGGGCCCCAUGGGCAACCCGCGGGCAAAUAUGACGAGGCCACGCAUGAUGACUGCCACCAAGCCUCUUCGACUGCAGCUGCAGCAGAGACUGCAAGGGCAGCAGUUCAUGAACCAGACUCGACAGGGGAUGAGGAUGGAAAAUGCUUCAGGAGGAAACCCCGGAAUGCGUCCUGGCAUGCAGCCCGGCAUGCAGCCGGGCAUGCAGCCGGGCAUGCAGCCGGGCAUGCAGCAAGGCAUGCAGCAGGGCAUGCAGCAGGGCAUCCAGCCAGGCAUCCAGCCGGGCAUGGCUCCUGCAGGGAUGAAUGUUCAGCCUGGUUUCGUGAACGCCCAGAUGCUGGCUCAACGCCAAAGGGAGGCAAUGACAACCAUGCAGAUGAGGAGGCAAAGGAUGAUGAUGCUGAUGCAGCAGCAGCAGGGUCAGGCCGCAGCAGGAGGCUUCAGCCCCCCUCCUAAUGUCACAGCACCAGCAGGCAUGGAAAACCCAAUUGGCUCCCCCCCAAUAACCCAGCCCGGUCAGCAGGGCUUCAACUAUGGAGGCAGCUAUGGGAUGAACCAGCAGGGGGAGUCGUUCAUUCCUCCGGGUAGCAGUCCACCAGGACACAUGAUGCAGGGACGGAUGGGAGGUCCUCAACAGAACACCAUGAUGCCAGGGAUGCAGGGGAAUCCACAGGGGGGCCAUGUGUACUCGUCAGGGGAUAUGAAAGGCUGGCUGCAGGGCAACAUGCCACGCAACAACCUGUAUUCCCAGCAGCAGUUCCCCCAGCAGGGUAACCAGGGCCAGUUCGGGUCCAUGAUGAUGAACACCUCAAUGGGUGGGACUGGGCCGGGCAGUGGAUCCAGCGUGGGGCAGAUGACCCAAAUGCCAGGGCAGAUGCAGGGGCAAAUGGGCAUGAACCCUAUGGGAAUGGGCAGAAUGCCAAUGGGACCUGAUCAGAAAUACUGCUGAGGACCAGGAGCUGAGCCGUGCACUCGAUUAAAAGUUCCUUUUUAGGAGAAAGUGACAGAAAACUGCCCAGUGCAGCGGAGGAAAUGGGUCACAAAGACAAGCUGGUGCCCGGUUUCAGCCCCAGCUGAAGCCUUGCAUGCACAAAGAUGAAGCAGCUGCCUGUCGGGGGGGGGGGGGCGGCUGGACCGACGCUGUCCAGCAGCAUUCAGCAUCACAGCAGGACUCUGGUACAACUGGCUGUAGCUGCACUUUACUGCUUUGUGUGAAGGGGGGAAAGAUUGAUGCAAUAUGAUUUCAUCCUUACAGCCUUACUAGAGAUUCAAUGCCUUCUCAGUGAUGGAUUUGUUUCUUUUUCUUGUCCUUUGAAUGCGCCUCAUCCUUAAGUCAUUGAAAGCUAUAAGCACACAGUUUACUAUGUAAUGCAGAUUUGAGCAAUAACUCUUGCCUCUAUGCUUUUGACUGUAACUGAGCAAAAUAGUCCCUGUUGUCAGCAAAGAGAUGGUACUGCAGUAUUAGAUAUACUCUGUGAAUAUGAAUUGUAAAUACUCAACAAAAUAUGCCUUUAAAGGCCCGUUCUUGCACAGAGUGAGAAACUUGGUUUUAUUUUUGUUUUCAAAAGAUUAAAUAUGGAUUUGGUUGAUUUCUUCUUUUUUUGUUUUUUGGUUAACUUCUAGGCACACUUGGGUGUCGGAUUUCCUGUUUGUCAUUUCUUAAAAUGCAUUCAUUUCCCCCCCAAAAAGGUUUGCUCUGUAUUUAGCAAGGCACUUUUAACUUGUGUUGACGGUUAGAGCUUUGACGUCUGAGGUUUUUAUAUUUUUUUAGGAAGCUGGUAAAGAGGAAAUCGGCACAAACCAGGUGAGCUGGGUCUGUGCGCAGGUGAGUGGGGUGUGUUGUGUGUGUUUAGUCUGCAGGUUCCUCAGCUCACCAACAAGCCUACUUACGAUAGUCUUCACCGCGUUGUUUGGACUCUUCUCAACUCGCUGAAUCUACCUUUUGAACAUGCGCAAUCCAAAGAUAUUUUUCCACAUCUGUGUAUAUUUUCUGAACUUUCUGGUGUACAUUUUUAAUGAGAAUCUUAUCUAUUGUUCUAAUGGUAAAUGGGUACAUAUCAUGGAUCUGUAAAAGCAUAGGACACUGGAGACGUUGCUCCACUGUGGGAUGCCAAACAGAGCAGCGUGAAGGUCCUGAAACUCGCCUCAAGCAGCACGUUUUUGUUUUUUUUUGUGGUUUGUUUGUUUUUUGUUUUUUUUUUUACAUCCAGAGAAAUACUUAUUUUUACUGUGAUCGAGAAAUACCAACUUUCAAACAUAUCAAUAUGUUUUUCAGGAAACGGCUUCAUUUUAUGAUCAGAUUUUGUUACUUCAGGAAAAAAAAAGGAACUUUUCAAGUCAAAAGAAAACAAAAGAUCUUUAGUUUUUCUUUGUUUGGAGGUGAAAUAAGCUGUCAUUUUAAAGGAUGUAUAUUACAGAUUUUUCUUCUUUGUUGAUAUUGAUGUAAAUACAAAUUUAUAUUUAAACA